AUGGAUGAUGUGAAGAGGAAGUCCGCGAUGUUGAUGACGAAGGGUAUCAUUGAGCUUAGGCAGAGUCCACCCGCUUUGGUCUGUACCAUUCGGCGUUUCAAGCAUCCGAUGAGUGGCAAAGAGGUUACGUUGUAUCCGGUUCCAAACAUCGCCGCCCCUCAUUACUUUCGCCGCGUUUUGGACGCGCACCAUCUGACAAAUAAUUUUGAUAAGGUCCUUUGUGAGGAUGGUAGGCUGCCGUUUCAGGCUGGCACUGCGCUGGCCAGAAGGCACGAAGUGUUCAAGCGGCUGCUGCCCUUCUUAUCCCUUCGCCCAGUUGUUGUAAAUGGGGAUAAGUUUGAUGGCAUCGUUGAGCGUGAUCCCUUGGAGUCUCGCAUGGCCUACCAGAUGCUGUUGGACGGGGCCGAUCCGCCAGUUGACCCACGCGCGCGCCGUGCCAUUGAGCGUAUAGAAGGUUACGCAGAUGCUACAAAAACAGUUUGCCCAUGGGGAGUCUAUCACCUGGUGUAUAUGACGUACAGACUGCGAACUCUUGGUUACACCGUGGAGAGCGAGGAAGAGUUAGAGGUUGUGGGGAUGAAGGAAGUUAUGGUCCUCGGUUGUUUCAUGGGCAUCACUACCUUCUGGAUGAUGUACGCCUUAUACAGAAUGUUGUUCGGCUUUUAG